AUGGAUCUUCGUUCGGUUCUCAAUACUGCUGAUAAUGGGGAGCGGUCUGCCGCCAACGCCCCGCCAGCGCCGCCGCAGCAGCAGCAACAGCAGCAACAGCAGCAACAGCAACAGCACCCUCCCCAGCGCCACCCUCAUCAACCUCGUGGGCCGCCGCCAGCCAAUGCGCAGUACGCCUAUCACGAUUAUCCUCAUCAUCCAGCUCCCCAACCUUCACCUGGAAAGCCGGGAGGACCAGACUACCAACACCACGGCGGCCAGUACCCGCCCGGCGCGUACCCUGCCCCGUCCCCCUACCAAACCCAAUCUGCGUAUCCUCCUCGAGCUAGUCACCCUGGUUCGUUUGCGGACCCUCGCUCUCCUGGCAGCGCACCUCCAGUACAAUCACCCUAUCGUCAGUCAGCGAGCUCAGCGCCUGGCCAAGCUCUUGGCCCGUCUCAAGGCUACUUUGCAAAUCAGGCUCCUCACGAGAUCCGAAGCCCAAGUCAACGGCAUCAAUACCCCCCGGCGCAGUACCAGCCUCAGCCCCUUCACGGUCACCAGCAGCACCAGCGUCACGAUAGCCAUCCUUCGCAAGCUCAGCCGACGACGCCGUAUCUGCCACACCCCUCCAUCCCUCAAACGCCGCCGAUAGGCCACCCAGGUCAGCAGCAUAGCCAGCGAACCCAGUCCGCUCAGUCUACUCCGACGCCAACAUCUGCACACUCACAACAUCCAUACGGCUUGCCGUUUGCUCAUGGCAGCCCUGCUUCUCAGCAUCAGCAUACGCCUAUAGAAUAUCGUCGUCAACCUUCACAGCCUCCGGGACCUCCCAGUCAACCACAAAGUGCGAAUCCAUCGAGUGCUAAUUCGCAAGGGCCUCCCCCUUUCAGUCAACCUUCGAGUCCUUACCAACAUAAAAUGCCAUUUACUGGAGGGGCUGCUGUCGCACAAGCCCACUCGUCUCCAAACGGCCCGCCGCAUCCGCAGCAACCACAACAUCGCCUUUCCCACCCACGUCCUCCUUCUCAGCACGCCCACAACUCGCCACAUCCCGAAAGCGCCAAGCGCAGAUCAACCAGCGAGCGAGAGCACAGCAUGUCUGUCAGCCCCAAAACAUGCGUUGGCUCUCUGCCAAGCAAUUCGGAACGUCCCCCAUCAAUGUCUGGGGAUGACUCUAGAUCAGCCACAGUCGCACAGCCCGCCAGCAUGGUAGGAAUCAAGCAGGAGCAUCCUGUAGCGACACCAGCCAAGCGCAAACUCAACGAUCGCAGCAUGAGUCCCAGCGAGCUCGAGCAUAGGAACUCGAGACCUCCCCCUGGAGAAAUCAAUGGAGCACAAACCGAGGCGCCGCGAGAGGCACAACGGGUGACGAUCAAGGAAGAGCCGGUCGAGGAGGAGCCGGUGAGGGAAGAUUCGGCCAGAGGAGGUUCAGUCAGGGAAGAGUCGAGACCUGCGUCAGAGAGACCCGCGACACCUCCGCGACCGGAACCAGAUGAGGACACUGUACGCACGUGUUGGUCAGAGCCCCCUGUCUGGGCGCUAAGCCUUCGCACACUGGGAAAGGCCCUGCCAAAGCAUGCGAAUUAUGUUCUCUCAGAUCGCCCUCAUUCGAUCCCACCCGAAAAGAGUCGCGCACCUUCUCACGAGACGUCCAACAUUAGCGAGACUCAAGAGCAGCCCGAACCUCGCGGGCCGCAAGAAUUUAUUGGACCCUGGGAAGCCAGCAUCACUGGUGUCAAACCAUAUGAAGAAAUGUCACGAGCGGUUGCGGAUUUCCUCUUCAUCCACGUUAUCAACGCCCAGGAUGCGCAGGAAAUUAGCAGCAGAGGCAUCGAAUUCGAAAUCGAGGCAAAGCUGGGGACGCUGAUCGACAAGGAUACAAACCAUCGUGUUGAGAAAUUUAUCGAAUCCGAAUGUGUUCUUCGUGACACUGGUCGAGUAGCGUUCAAAAGUAGCAUGACUGAGGCGCACCACAAAGCUUUCAACGAGUUCCUUAACAAGGCUGUCAUACAAACAGAUCCGCGCUCAGCACAUGGAAAAGGCCGCGUGCAGGUGCACUACAAACACCGGCGCGAAAUCGACAAAUACUUUGAGCUCCCACUCGACAUGCAGGCGCGAAUUCCAGGCUGUGUUAGAUCCCGGCUGGGCACGCGCAAGAAUGUGAAAGCGAGAGUCACGUAUGACGAGAAAACUGGAGAGGUCCUGAACAAGAUUGUCAAGGCCCGGGUAGCUGAUAUUGACCUCCACUUGCCCCAGUGCCCCAUGGACUGCCGCAUCAGCAUUAAUCUGGAAAUGGACUGGGACGGCCCUGUGGACGAGCUAGAGCAGCUCGCUGGAGCGCCGACGCAAGGCAUUACCGACCGCCGCAAAGAUCGCUUAAGCUACAAGCAAGGCAAUUAUCAAAUUGACCUCACCCAGGUCACCAUGCCCGGUGGGCAGGGAUCAGCACGCGGCGAAAAGGAGCACGAGCUCGAAAUCGAAGUGUCCGGGGCUGCCGUUAUUGAGCAAGGCCGCCGCGCCAUGGCGGGACAGCCACAUGGCUAUCAAGAGCUGAUUGAGGGCUUUUUAGACAAUAUGCGUGUCCUCGCUCGCAAAGGAAAGGAAUUUCAGCGAUAA